AUAUGCCAAUAUUUAAAUAAUCAAUAAACUAUCUGUUCUAAAUGAAAUACCAAGUUGCAGACGAGGAUCGUACUGAUGGAAAUGGUAGCUUUAAGAUGACGUCAUAUGAAAACGAUGCGUAUCAGCACGAAACAGGAUUCAGCAGUCACAAACCAGACAAAGUGAUUGAUGAAAAACAGAUCGCGUUUAAAGGAGGAAAAUCUCUAGAAGAAGUGGUUGCAAGACAAAAAAGAAAGAAAACAAAGAAGAAGAAAAAAGAAAAGAAAGGAAAAGGGAAAAAGAAAAAAGCAAAAUUAGAGAAGCCCCCACAAGUUUCUUUUCUUAGUUUGUUCCGCUACGCUGAAUCUUUUGAUUGGCUACUAAUGUUUAUCGGUACACUCGGUGCAAUGGUCCAUGGAGCAGCUUUUCCAUUUAUGAUGACGGUUUUUGGCCAGAUGAUUGACACGUUUAUAAACUACAGUACAUGCGUACAAAUGACAGAAGGAACUUGUACAGCAGCAGAAAUAAAUGAAACUUAUAUUCGUCUUAAUAUCACAAAUGCAACCGAACAAACCUUGGUACCCAUUGACGUGGAAGGAGAAUUGACCGGUUUCUGUUAUUAUUACAUUGGGAUUGCAUGUGCUGUAAUUGUGUGUGGUUAUUUACAAGUGGGAAACUGGGUUCUUGCUUCAACGAGACAAACGAGGAAGAUCCGAAUUCUCUUUUUCCGAUCUAUCAUGAAACAAGAAAUCGGGUGGUUUGACGUUCACCACAUGGGGGAGCUAAACACCAGAAUGAGCGAUGAUGUAAACAAAAUCAGCGAUGCCAUUGCCGAUAAAUUCAGUGUCUUCAUUCAACGCUUGACAACGUUUGUUGGUGGAUUUAUUGUUGGCUUCGUCAAUGGUUGGCAACUCACUCUUGUUAUUAUGGCUAUAAGUCCCUUACUUGGGGUGGGUGCUGCACUAAUGGGGAGGUUUGUUGCAAACAUGACGUCAAAAGAACUGCAGGCUUACGCGGCAGCAGGGGCCGUGGCUGAGGGUCUUUCUUCAAUACGAACGGUUGCUGCAUUUGGAGGCGAAAAGAAAGAAGUUGAAAGGUACACAUCGAAGCUUGAUGCAGCGGAAAAACAAGGCAUUCGAAAAGGCAUGACUCAAGGAUUUUUCUCUGGUUACAUGUGGUGUCUAAUAUUCUUAAGUUACGCAUUAGCGUUCUGGUACGGUUCAACUCUUGUUUUUGACCCAAACAUCAAUUUUUCACCUGGAAAUUUAAUGACUGUUUUUUUUGCCGUUUUAAUCGGAGCGAUUAACCUCGGACAGGCAGCGCCAAACCUUGAAGCUUUUUCUGUUGGAAAAUCAGCUGCAGCUCUUGUUUAUCAGAUUAUUGAACGGGAAUCCUUGAUUGACCCAUUCUCGAAAUCCGGCCAUGUACUUGAACACUUGGUGGGGGACAUUGAAUUCCAUGAUGUGGACUUUACUUACCCAAGCAGGGAUGACCAAGUGAUUUUAAACAACCUGAAGUUAGCUUUCAAUGCUGGUGAAACAACUGCCAUAGUUGGUCCCAGUGGAAUGGGAAAGAGCACCAUACUACAACUUGCCCAGAGGUUCUAUGAUCCAGAUAAAGGAGUUGUGACUCUGGAUGGUCAUGACCUUCGCACCCUCAACACUAGGUGGCUACGUCGCAUGAUCGGCGUGGUGCAACAAGAACCAUGUUUGUUUGACACCUCGAUUGCCGAGAACAUCCGGUUUGGAAAGGAAGGUGUAUCUGACGAUGACAUCAUUAAAGCGGCAAAGGCAGCAAACGCUUACAACUUCAUCAUGGAUCUGCCUGAUAAAUUUCAAACUCAAGUUGGUAGUGGUGGUGGGCACAUGAGUGGGGGGCAGAAGCAGAGAAUCGCAAUCGCACGUGCUCUCAUCCGUGACCCCAAGAUCCUGUUUCUAGAUCAAGCUUGUUCAGCGCUCGAUACCGAGAGUGAAGCGAUGGUUCUUAGUGAGUUGGACAAGGCUAGACAAGGGCGUACAACAGUGAUCGUAGCUCAUCGGCUUUCGACGAUUCAAAAUGCAGAUGUCAUCGUUGGUGUUGAGCACGGGAAGGCGGUAGAGAGAGGCACACAUGACGAACUGAUGCGGAACAAUGGGGUGUAUUUUACCCUCGUUACAUUGCAGACGACUAAACGUAAGAAAUUUGACGAAGACAGUUCAAGUGACGACAAUAAUGCUGAUGAACCUGAAAUUCUUCAAUCUGGACCUGAGACAGCAUUAGAACACGUCACUGAUUUUGUUCAUGGCCACCAUAGAAGAAGUCUCAGACGUAGUCUAAGAGAUCGAACUCAGUCACAAAUGUCGGGAACAGACAUGACACCGAUCGGAAUAACCAGCUCGCCCAGCCCAGUAAAGAAAUAUAAGAUCUCAUCAACUAAACCACCUGAUGAUUCAAGUGACAGUGGCGAUUCUGACGAUGAUUCCAGUGAUUCUAGCGACGAAGAAGAAAUUGAACCCGCUCCUCUGAAGAGGAUCAUGAAACUAAACAUCACCGAGUGGCCGUACAUCUUAUGGGGAACGAUUGGAUCGGCAAUCAACGGAGCAAUUCAACCGGUGUUCGCUAUUCUAUUUUCGGGUUUACUGGGGGUGUUUGCACUGCCUAGUUUAGAAGAACAACAACAAGGGGUUGAUCUUUACGCUCUACUGUUUGUUGGUAUCGCUGUUAUAUCUUUUAUCACUUAUUUCUUACAGAAUUACAUGUUUGCAAAAUCUGGUGAAAUUCUGACAAAGCGUUUACGAAAAAUGGGUUUUGAAUGCAUGUUGCGGCAAGAUAUUGGUUGGUAUGAUGAUCAUAGGAAUAAUCCCGGGGCUUUAUCCACUCGUUUGGCCACUGAUGCUGCUCUUGUAAAAGGGGCAACAGGCGGUCAGAUUGGGAUCAUAGUUUCAGCGAUUGCGAGUAUUGGGAGCGCGCUAAUCAUUUCUUUUUACUUUGGAUGGAAACUCGCGUUCGUUGUCGUUGCUUUUCUCCCCCUCAUUGUGAUGUCAGGACUCAUUCAAGCACGACUGAUGACCGGCAGCGCACGUAGGGACAAAGAGUCGUUAGAGGAAGCAUCGAAGGUUGUGUCUGAAGCUAUUGAAUCUAUUCGCACUGUGGCUUCACUCAACAAAGAAGAGUUUUUCACUGAAAAAUAUAAUGAAGUAUUGGUUGGACCGUACAUAGAUGGUAAAAAGAACGCUCAAAUCUACGGAAUAACUUUCGGAAUCGCAAACUCGAUCAUAUUCUUUGCAUACGCAGCUUCUUUCCGCUUCGGUGGUUAUUUAGUCGCGCACGGAGAGAUGGAAUUUCAAUAUGUAUUUAGAGUUUUCUCAUCCAUUGUAUUUGGUGGAACAGCGCUUGGUCGAGCGUCUAACUACGCACCAGAUUACGCGAAAGCAAAAACUUCGGCAGCUCGAAUAUUUAAACUACUCGACCGAACUCCUGCCAUUGAUUCUUACAGCACGGAGGGCGACAAAUGGGACAACUUUAAAGGAGACAUUGAGUUUAAGAACUGCAGGUUCACUUACCCUACAAGGCCGGACAUUACUGUCUUACAAGGAUUAAACUUGACUAUUGGCAGCGGUAAAACAUUGGCGUUAGUUGGACAGAGUGGGUGUGGUAAAAGUACGAGCGUUCAGUUGUUGGAAAGGUUUUAUGACCCAGAUGAAGGCAUUGUUCUCGUUGAUGGACACGAAACUAGAAAAACCAACGUUGGGUUUCUGCGUGGCAAGAUUGGUAUCGUUUCUCAGGAACCGGUGUUGUUCGGGGGCUCCGUGUACGACAAUAUUAUUUAUGGCGACAACUCCAGGGAGCUUAGCAAGGAAGAAGUGGAGGAAGCCGCCAAGCUCGCAAACAUGCAUGAGUUCAUCCUCGCUCUCAAAGAUGGUUACUACACGAGUGUGGGAGACAAAGGAGAUCAACUUUCUCGUGGUCAGAAACAACGAGUGGCGAUCGCUCGUGCACUUGUAAGAAAACCAAGGAUUUUACUCCUUGAUGAAGCUACGUCUGCAUUAGAUACAGAGAGUGAACAAAUUGUGCAGGACGCGUUGGAUCGAGCACGUGAAGGCAGAACAUGCGUGGUGAUUGCCCAUCGACUUUCUACUAUCAGGAAUGCUGAUAAAAUUGCAGUUGUUUCACAAGGUCAAGUGAUUGAACAAGGCGACCAUGAUUACUUGAUGUCGUUGGAAGGCGCUUACUAUAAACUUGUCACAACCAAUGCAACUCUCAGUUAAACAAUCUGCCAAGAAAAUGUUUCAUAACAACCUCAGUGUUAUACAACGCCUUUUCUUGCAAUGUUACCAGAUCUCAAAUCCUUCAAUUGCAAACAUGUGAUACAAAAUAUCUCAAAACAAAAUGAGAAUACCUUUAAUAAUUGACAUACUCUCACAAAGAAAUAUUCUUAACUAAAGAAAACUAAAUGAAAUAUCUACCUAACUUAUUUUAUUUUGCAAUCCUGUUAAAACCUAAAACGCAAUUUUGCAAGUGCUACGUUAUUACACAGGGUAAAAAGUAUUAGUUUGUUAACAAGUUAACAUUUCAUAUAAAUGUGUUUUAAAUUCUAAAUAAUCCUGUGAACAAUCGUUUUUCACUUCAUUGUUUGUAGUUUUGUGUAAUUUAUUGUUUUAAUUUUUUUAAUCGCCGCUUGCAAUUGACUGUCAAUUAGGUUUUAUAAAAAUUAUUGCUUCAAGAGUAGUUUGGUUUUUGUUUGUUUGUUUCAACAUUCUUAUGAAGCUGUUGUCGGUAAAAUUUGAUGAAUCUAGUU